AUGAGUGAGUUGCAAAGAGCUUGGGCCAAGAGGAAACUCGACCCCAUGCAUCCUCUACCGGAGCCCCUCAACGACCUCGACGAGGAACCCGAGACCGAUCAGCUCCCCGAGUUGCCGGAGCACAUGGACGACGGAGACUCCUCCUCGGCCUCGUCCGCCUCGUCCGCUUCUUCUACCGGCACAAUCAUCCCAUCUCCGAGUCAGAACCUCUUUGCUCGACCGCAAGGUGUGUCGAGGGGCCGCACGCUGGAGCAAAUCCCGUGGACAACCUACUUUGAGAGAGAAUUGUUCCUGAAGCCCAAGGUCGGAGACGAUGACUCUGCCACCAUGACGUACCACGCCUACCUCAAUUCCCCUGUCGGGAAGGGACCCCUCUUCGUCAUGCACCACGGCGCCGGCUCUUCUGGCCUCUCAUUUGCGGCCCUCUCGUCCGAGAUUAGGAAACGCCUCCCCUCGGCCGGCAUUCUUUCUCCGGAUGCUCGCGGCCAUGGCUCGACAGUCAUCACGGACGGCACCGAGCUCGACCUCAAGCUCGACGUCCUGACGGAGGACCUGUUCAGCGUCAUCCAGCUGACAAAAGCCCAGAUGUCUUGGCCUGAACUUCCUCCCGUCAUUCUCAUCGGACACUCGCUGGGCGGCGCCGUCGUCACGGAUCUAGCCAAGUCGGGGAAGCUGGGCAACGCCCUGCUCGGCUACGGCGUUCUGGAUGUCGUGGAGGGCUCGGCAAUGGACGCUCUGCAGAGCAUGCUCACAUAUCUCUCAACGCGGCCCACCGGCUUCGCCAGUUUGCAGUCCGGUAUAGACUGGCAUAUCCGCUCGCGCACCGUCCGCAACUCGGUGUCGGCGCGGACGUCGGUGCCAGCGCUCUUGGUGUACGACGACUCCACCGACCCGACGAGGCCGUGGCGGUGGCGAACGGAUCUGGCGGCGACGCAACCGUUCUGGGAAGGCUGGUUCGUCGGCUUGAGUAAGAAGUUCCUCGAGGCGAGGGGUGGAAAACUGCUUUUGCUGGCGGGUACGGACAGAUUAGACACGGAGUUGACGAUCGGUCAGAUGCAGGGCAAGUACGCAUUACAAGUGUUCCCGGAAGCCGGACACUUCAUCCAAGAGGAUCUACCAGAGAAGACGGCGCUGGCAGUCGUGGACUUUUACAGGCGGAACGACAGAAGUGCCUUGGUGUUGCCGCCCAAGGUUGGCGACUUACUGAAGCAAGGCAAGAGAGUCUAG